GAAAGAAUUGGUGCAGGAUCAGAAGAGAAGCUCUGAGGGGGGGAGACGUGAGCGGGGGCGAGGAGAGACCCCCCAUCCUGCCACAUCUAUCCGAGGACCCCCCUAAGAAAACCAGCACAGCUCCCUCCCCCCAGAGACAUGUCCAGCGAGAAAACAGGCCCUCCGGACUCGGGACCCCACAGCUCCCCUCCACCAUAUAACCAGCCGGUGGGGGAGGGUCCCUGUAAUGGAGUUAUUCCCGGUUAUAAUGAUCCUCCACCACAGCCAUCCAGUGCUACACUCCCCCGUCAGGAUGCUCAAGGCUAUCUUCAGGAGACCCCAUUUACGGGAGCACCACCAGCCCCUCAAGGGUAUGUGGUGCAGACUCAUUCAAACACAGGAACACUACCAGUUGGAGGGUAUGUGCCACAAGCAACAGGGUAUCCCAUGCACCUGCAGCCCUGCACAGCCUACGUCCCGGUGUAUCCCAUGGGAACGCAAUAUCCAGCUGGAACUGUCCCACCCCAGCCUGGGGUCCCACCUCCUCAGAUUCCUCCUGGACUGGCCCUUUUAGAGCCACGACGUCCUCCCCAUGACUAUAUGCCGAUCGCUGUGCUCACUACAAUCUGCUGCUUCUGGCCCACCGGAGUUAUUGCCAUCAUAAAGGCUGUGCAGGUCAGGACAGCUUUGGCUCGAGGAGACAUCAUGUCUGCAGAAAUAGCAUCUCGAGAGGCCCGGAACUUCUCCUUCAUCAGCCUGGCAGUAGGAAUUGCCGCCAUGGUCCUGUGCACCAUCCUCACAGUGGUUAUUAUCAUCGCAGCUCAGCACCAUGACAAUGACUGGGGUAACUGAAUGAUCCCUCUGGGACUUGGGGGCAUCUGAUGUACAGGCCAAGCCACCAAGAUCUCACCCAGCACUUUCUUAACUCGCCUAUCUCCAGACCUUUUUUUCUAGAUUAUCUCUUUUUUAUUCCUUUUUCAUCUUCUUUAACGUCUUCCUUUCAUUUUUCCUUCUUGUGUUCUUCCUUCAUUCUUCUCCCACCAAUAUUUUCUUCUCUCUUUGCCCUUAUAAAUGACCCUGUUUUAUAUUUUUCCAGUUUCCAUCCUUUCUUUCUUUGACCAUGUUUGACCUCUCCAUAUCGUCUCUCUCUCCCGUGUUUCCCAUCCACCACAGUGCUCUCUGUCUCCUACCUUCUUCCCUGUCUGCUCCCGUCCUAUUCCCCUCUGUUGUUUUAAAUAAUACAGGUGCCAUCUUGGGGUGUUAUGGGGUAAAAUAGGAGUUUCAUGGGGGUAUUUUUCAGCUAUGUAUUGUGGGUGCAGAAGAACAGUAGGCUGAUAAGAAGGCCUCCAGGAGAUAGCUCGAGAGACAUAAUGGACACAGGAAAAUGGGUGGACUGUCACAUGGGCGAGUGGUCCUUCCGAGAGAGACAGACAGACAGGCGAAUUUUACAAAGAGUGAAUGAAGAUUUUUGGAAUGAGUGAUUGACAUGAGAUGAUGGGACAAGCUGGCCAUAGACACGGUGGGUCGAGAGGUCUUUCGGCUGACAGUUCAAGUAAAUAAAAAUGGACUGUAUAAGUCAAGAACUGCCAAAACCCUGAGGGUAACUAAGAGCCCGUUGACAACAGAAGGCUGGCGGACCCCCCAAAAUAGGAAAGAUCUGCUAACCACAGCCUAUUGUCUAUGGUCACUAUUAGAGAUGAGCGAACUUACAGUAAAUUCGAUUUGUCACGAACUUCUCGGCUCGGCAGUUGAUGACUUAUCCUGCAUAAAUUAGUUCAGCUUUCCGGUGGUC